AUGGCCUGUAGGAGCCUGGAGCUGGAGCGACUCGCAAGAGAGGCCGAGGCACUGCGGGAGCAGAUCCGGGAGGAGCAGCAGCGCCGUCAGAGCCGGGUGGCUGACCUGGCCGAACAAGUGGCCGGAGUAGCAAGUCAAAACCAGUUGCUUCAGUCCCAGCUGGCGCAGCUACAGUCUCGGGGCUCAUCGACAGCCGCAAGUGCUAGCGCCUUGAAGCGCGAAGUCGUGGCCAAAACGAUGGAACUUGAAAAGCUCGUCCGCGAGUUUCAGCAGCUGCACGCAGACCUCUUCUCAAGGGCUCAGUCCUUGUCCGAAAGCAUGCUACGCCUCUCCAAUGAUUCUCAGAGUCCUCCGUCACAAGGUGUAGUAAUGAAGCCGGACACAUCAGGUCCAUCUCAGUUUGCUUCUUUGGGACCCCUUGAUGAGGAGACCCAGCAAGCCUUGAAAGCCCGGCUGCAAUCCCUUGGAGAUGUGGUGGUCUUUGCCAGUGAGAAGUAUGAUGCCUGCUGUGCAUCAGGGCACAGCAUACCCCCAGGAGCAGUACGCGUGAGGCCACGUCGGUGCGAUCAUGUGUUUCUCAUAGAGUGUCUGAUGCCCUAUUGGGUUGAGGGUCUUUGUCCAGUGUGCCGCUGCAGUUUUGCCUACAGUCGGAUAGAUGGCAUCGACGAGAGUGACAGAUGCUCAUCUGUAUCCACCAGUGUCUCUCAGCGUGCAAAGCGGGUUUCCCCUCACAGACCGAUGCGAGGUCCAGUUGUGGAUGAUGGAGCUGGCGCGGGGAGUCUAGGGAGCCUGGCUUCUCUUAGGGCUCCUCGGUACAUGAGGGCCGCCAUUGCAGAGAGGCAGCGGAGCUCGUCCUGCGGAGCCAGGAGUGAUGCUUCCGGAAUUGCGGAGCGAACUGGGCUGCGCUCUCCCUCAAGAUCUGGAACCGGCGGCACGGGGAUCUCGGGCUCUCUGAGCAGGACAUCCUCUGGACACAGAGACCGACCUCUGUAA